AUGGGUUGGUUCUGGGCUGAUAAAGUUAACACAAGUUCAGGCACAAAAGCAGCUGCAAAGGCCGAUGUGUCAGCAUGUCCUGUGAUGCAUAAGCCGGCAUCAGACAAGAACGAUAUUUCGGAGUGUCCUGUGAUGCACGGAAACUCAGGAUCUGAGGGCGGGUGCCCAGUGAUUUCAAAGCAUGGUGAUCAGCUUAAUCCCUUGAAUAAUAUUCCUGUUGGUUUGACGCAUGCCAAGCAAGCUGGACAGAAACUGGACUUGCCUACGGAAAGAACCGUUAGUUCCAUUCCUAAGGGUAAAGCCUCUGACGAGGAGUUCUGGGAAUAUCCUUCUCCUCAACAGAUGUACAAUGCGAUGGUAAGAAAGGGUAAGAUCGACCCUUAUACUGGGGAGGAAAUCCCUGAAGAUGCGGUGGAGUCCAUGGUGUUUGUUCACAAUUUUUUGAACGAAGGGUGCUGGCAGGAAAUCCUUGAUUGGGAGAAGAAGUACGUGCAGCAAACACAGUCAUACCCAAAAUUGCUACAGUUCACCGGUAAGCCAGAUCAGCUAUCGCCUAGGGCUAGAUGUUUCAACAUUUUGGGAACGCUAUUUCCCGGACACUUUUCUAGCGAACUUCCCUUUGAUAGACACGAUUGGGUUGUGCUGAGACCUGAUCCUACAUCCUCUGACUCUGAAAAUCCAGGCUACCGUAAGGUUCGUUAUGUGAUCGACUUUUACGGCGGUCCAGAUGACGAGGACGGACUUCCAACUUUCAACCUAGACGUCAGACCAGCUUUGGAUAACUUCACCAACGCGAAAGACCGUUUCGAAAGAUGGAUUACGCCAACUUUGGACAAGUAUUUCAAUUCAGACGAUAAGAAAUGA